AUGAGUAUAUUUGACGUUAUUCGCAAGAUAUUUCCCAGUUCCGAUUCAUCAAGUACAGAUCGCUUUCAUCAUCAUGGACAUAGUAAAGAAGUAGCCAGGGAAUUUGUAGAAGAUGAGUGUUCACAUCCAGUAGAAUACAAUCCACAUUCCAACGUCUAUGCUGGCAGACGACGAACUGCUAAUGUCACAAGUAGGCGUUCUUCUAAUAUCACUUCAAUCGCAAUACGGUCAUCGAGUAAAUCAUAUACACAACCAGACUUAAAAAGCCAAAGGGAGAAUACACGCAAAGGAUUUAAAGAUAUCUUCUCUUUGUCAGAAAACGCAAGGUGUUCAACAGAGUGUGUUAAGACAAGUAACACUUCAACAAAUGUUUCAUUACUUCCACGUUCAACGGCUUCAACCGAAUCUCAUCAAGUCUAUUGCUAUGAUCAGAGUAAAAAUUUCAACGAUGAUAGUGUCAGUGUACAAACACAUCGGCAAAAUCCAAGACCAAAUCAUUCCAAGCCUACUUCAGCGGAGUACAGCACUACACGUGUUGAUUAUAGGGAGAUUCAUAAAAAAGCAUCAGACAUCAAAAUUUUGCAAAGCACACUGAAAACAAAGUCUUUUGAUUUGGAUGGAAGCUGCCAAUCAAGAUACCCGACAGUAACUUCAGAACAAGCUAAAGAAAGCAACACUACAAUAAAGCCAGGUCGUGGUAAAUGUUUGCCACCUCCUUCAGUUGCGUUGCACAAUCCAGUUGGCACUACAAUCUCCUGUCUUAAAAGUAAGUCCUAGCUACAAGAUACCCGCCAUUUCACAUCACAAAUUUAUCAAGCUGUACUGUAGUGUAGACCUUUCUUAUAAUGGCGUCAAACGCGGAAAAACGAUGCCCCAAGGGACAAUUUGUAGCGACAAUUCGCAAUGCAAAUGAUGUUUUUAUUAAAUUUACUGGCUCGCCAACGACUUGAUUGCACUGUGGGACCUCGCGCAAAAAUUAGUUUUCCACGUUUGACAUCAUUAUAAGAAAGGUCUAUUAAAGUGGUAGUCAAGUCCGUUUUGCGCAUGUAUUGACAUUCGAUACACAAACACCUAUUUUAUUUCUAUUUAGCAAAUAGUUAUAUCUUUACCAGAAAGAAAUCAUGUAUAUUUUGAAUAAGUACAUGACAACUUAUACAUUUUGUAUCUUAUAAGCACGAUAACACCUUCAAAUUGUAAAGUGUGUCGUCAUUUACUUCGUUCAACCGCCAAGGUUGCUCGAAAUUUGGACAAAUUUUGUACCAAGACUAGCUGAGGCUGCUGGUGCCCUUCAAAAUCUGCCCUUUGGAGCUAACUUUUCUCUUCAGCAGCUAAAUUUUCUUUUCAGCAGCUCAAUUUUAUCGUUCGUGAUCAACACAGAUCGGAAUAUUAAUUGAAUUAUCUAUUGUUUAAACCGCAGUAAUCAAUAUGUAAAUAAAACACACUGAGCAGAACGGACUUGAGAACUUGACUGCCACUUUAAACUUUAAAGCGGUACAUAUACUCUGAUCUCUAGUCCAGCAUUACAUGACUUACAUCCAAUCCUAAAAAAAAUCUAAACAUUUUGCCGAUUAAAACUCGACCUAGUAGACCUUAGAACUGCUUACGUCACGCAAUUCUUUAUAAUAGAGAGAACUUCUGGAAUGCACAGUGCAUUGUGGGGGUGGGGGGGGGGGGCAUUGUGGGAUACUUUUUGGUCAAUAAUUCAUUGUUUGAAAAUUACGUGACGUAAGCACUUCUAAGGUCCAUUUUACCAUCUGGGUUCUCGGAGACUGCAUACCUCUGCUACUUUAUGUAUCAUGCUAAAUUAUGCUAAUUGCGCAUUCAGUUUACUCUGCCCAGCAAGGUAAGACAAACUUUUGCUAAUUUCUCAUCCAAUUUUCAACCAAAUUUAAUCACAAUUUACUCAAUUGGUCCUUGGGCAAUGUCCAUUAGUUCCCCAAAUUUUCGUAUCAAUAUGUUUGAUAGUUUUUGAGUUAUCGUGCUGACAGACAAAUUCACACAAACAACUCGUGCAAACGCAUUUUUUGACCUCCUUUGCAUUAGAGGUGUGCAAAUCCGAUCCGAUCGGAUUCGUUCGGAUUUCGGAUCGGAAUUCGAUAUUCGAAAUAAAGUGAAUUAAUUAUCCACGCAUUAUUGCAAGAAUUAAUUAUUCAUGCAUUUAUCAAAGCAUUAUCGCGGUUGUCGCUGCAUUUUUCGUUUGAUACUUCAAUUGGACGUCACUUUGUCAGCUUCUUGACAUGUAUUCCUUGUUUUUAUAUUUAUUUGGUUAAACAUUUCAACUUGAAUGAGAAAUUUAUUUUGUUAAUUUAAAGGAUUCUUCGGAUCGGAUCGAAUUGAAAUUCUUUAUCACAACUCGGAUUCGGAUUAGACAAUUUCGGAUCGGAUCGGAUUUUAAACAUUAGCCAAUUGUCGGAUUAUAAACGUCCAAUCCGAUCCGAUGCACACGUCUACUUAGCAUUAGCAUGCGAAACUCGAGGUACGAAGGAAUCAUUUUUAUUUUUUAACUAUACCUGGUUUGCGUGGAUUUAUUUUAUGCUUGUCCCAGGCCUUUUGCUUACAGUCAAAAUAUACCACUUUUGCGCAUGCCCAUUCCAAACGGCUGUGUAAAAAAUCAAAAACGCUAUAUCCUUGAUAUGUUUAUUAUUACUCGGUAACUGUGUGCAGUUUGACUCGACUAACAGCAUAUGAUUGUUUUUCAAAAUCAUUAUUUAGCUCCCAUGACUAAAAUGACUCUGAAAUGGCCGAAUCCUGCUAAGUGCCUUGAUUAUCAACAAAUGGUUAAUACCUCGUGCAUGUUAAAACUGAAUUUUAACCUUUUAAAUUAAUGGCUUUAGCCAAAUUUUGUUGGUACCAAAGUUUCCGUGGGGCAUCACACCGAUCUAGUGGCGUGGGGCCCUUUUCGUUCUGACGGGCCCCCCUCGCCAAAAAUUGCGCUACUGGUUGCUGAAUUGUAAAUGAACUGUUUGGAUUCAUUACACUGACCUGUAAGGCCAAGUGUCUUAAAUCCCUAACGCCCGUAUUCUAAACGCUCACUCACACUCAAUGAGUGGAAGCCGUUCAAUCUAAGCUUCUCUCGACUGUCAUUGCUGUUUUCGAGUAGCUGGAGGGCUAGUAGCCUAGUGUUAUACCUUACUAUGUGACCACUCACGCUCCAGCUUCAAAAACAGCAUUGACACUCAAGAGAAGCUCAGAUUGAACCUCCACUCAUUGAGUGUGAGUGAGCUUUUAGAAUACAGUCGUAAUUCUCUAAUUUUCUGUGUUUUUCGUCAUCGAGAAAUCGAGUUUGCGUUAGCGCAUCGCAGGCUCAGUUUCCAGUGUUCCAGUUUACUAUACAGAUCAGUUUUCAAGAUGGCGGCCAUUCAAUGAGUGACUGCUAUUCACUGCCAUUUCAGUCUCAAACAAUUUCUUAAUUUGUCAACGAAUUUUACCGCGUUUUUCUCUGGAUUUUGUAUUUAUCCUACUCUACACUUUCUUGGAAGUUGACUUGGUAUGUUUUGUUCGUGCAACGUCUCUGGAAAUGCGAUAUCUGGAUCGCUGAGUUUAUUGAAUAUCGUUUAUCGAAUUUUAUACGUUACGGUCUUACGGACUUACGGAAUGUAAAGAAUGUUGUCUGCGUUAGCGCAUCGCAUGCUCAGAGACCAUGUGCAUUUAUGGAUAACGUUUGUAUUUGUGGGUAAUACUUGUGUAACUUGUGUGACGUUGGACAUUUAAUACGAAAACAUCUCCUCAGGAUAACUUAGGAUAAUUUUGCGUAUCCCACCCACUCAUGUAUCGAUCACGCCACGCUUUCAGCCCCCCCCCCCCGCUUUGCGUUUGCGGUUCACGAUUUGUAUUCCUUGUCUAUUACACCAUAGCGCGUAUGUCGUCAUUUUCAGGAACAUGUAAGACAGCCACCAGUGUUGCCUUUUUGGUCAGAUAUUUUAGAUAGUGAAAACGAUCUCAACCUGUGAGAGAAAAUGAACAUCCAUUUUACUAUAUUACAUUUCGCAGAUACUUAUCCUGAAAAAAAACACAUUGCACUAACACCAAACAGUCAUGGUGUAACAAAGUCAAAAGUCGCAUGAACAUGUUAAACCGUGUUGCCGUAAUUUGGCUUCAAAUGGCCUAAAUUGGCUUGUGCUGAUUGGCUGAUUAAACUAGCAGCCAAUCAGUGAAUAAAAACCUGGCACGGCGAGGUCUUGGAAACGGAAUAUCUGACAUUAACGCGGAUGCCGCUGAUAGAAUAGUUUCAGGGAAACAUCUUUUACUAUUCUUCCACCACAUUGUCAAUUAUAAUCUACAGUCAAAGAUCGUACAAAUGCGACAACAGUUAACAAUCCACCUAAUGUGCAAACCAAACACCAUACGUAUCCAAUGCAAUGAAAGCAGAACCAAUGCCAUUUCAGUCUAUUUUAUCACAUAAUGUUUUCUCUCUUGCAGAUUCCUUCACAGAAUCAAACUUACAAAGACUAAACCACUCCAGUGAAACUGCAAAAUUCCUCUACCCCCGGAUUACAACCGUUCCUGCAGUAUUGGUACCUUAUAAACAGAGUGCAUCAGGGGAAUCAGAUGAUGAUAUAGUUAUAAAACCACAAUAUUCGUUACGGAAUUUCACCACCAAACUGCAAACGAAAGACGAAAGCUUUAAACCAGGGAAUGAUGUCAUAUAUCAUAAUCAAUGGACUGAAUGCACCGCUCGGAUCUUUGAUGAGUUCGACAACAUUGUCCGUACACAAAAGACGGUGGAAGUAAGCAGCAAUUCGUGGCACGUAGAGAUACAAAAAAAUAACACCAAACUCAAAAAAGGUCGUCUUCACUUCAGCAUGAAAUGCAGUGCAACAGGAAACAUUUCGAUAUUAAUAACGAUCAAUAAUUUUGCACUAACCAAAGAAUUCUACGUGACAUUCAAUCCUUGCUCGAGUUCUUUGUCAGAUAUGACAAUCGAGAAAAUCAAUCCGGCAGAAGACGAGUUUGUAUUUCGAGUCUUCAUUUUUGAUGUUUUUGGUGAGCCAGUACCUUUAAACUCAACUGCAAAUUACGAAGUUGAUGCAAGUUUCCGAUCUUUUGAAAAUAAAGUCGUACGUGAAGAAAAACAUAUUGAACAGGAACAAAUUUGUUAUGAUAUAACAGUGAGAGGAGACAGACCUUGGUCUCGAGAUCUUGUUGUACUUCUUAAUGGUAAUGGAGAACAAGUUAGUCAUGUACGAGAAUUGGAAUUUACAGAUAGAAUGCGACGCUAUAAAUGAUCUUGAGGACGAAGAUUAUGAAUAUAUUCAGAAAUUUUUUGACGAAGGCGAUUGCGGGAUAUUUAUACCUUUAACAACAGGCGAAGAUGACGGAAAGUUUGUAACAUAUGAUGAAAAUGACUGCGAGUUACAGUCACAGAAUAAAAACCACAAACUUAUUUGUAAGAAUGUAAGGAAAUACGAUAUAUUGGGUGCAGACUUUGCACAUGUCGACAAUAUGAAAAGAGUUCUUGAACUUAAAGGUCGUAUUGAAGUCCAAGAAGCUGAGGGCUGUGCCAUCAUUGAUCUCAGAAAUAUUAAGUCUCACCUUUACCCAAUUCGUAAAGAAGUUGUUCAACAUCUUCUUCGUGGCUUAUAUUACCGAAAGAAAGCUUCAGAAGCGGCCAGAAUUAGGAAGGAAUGGAAAAAUAGGCUUAUCAGUAUUGAUGAAGUAUUAUGGUUAGACAAGAAGACACCGAGCUUUAUGUUUUGCAAGUAUUUCAAAGAUUUCUUUGGCGAUUUAUUAAACAAAUACAAUCGUGAAGCUUGCGAAGAACUGUUCAAGUUUUUCAAUUUUCUACGAGAUGAAAGCGAGGUAGAUCUUCAUGGUUUGCUUGUUGCAGAUGAGAAGAAGUUGGAGUUGCUGAGAUUGAAUUUGUUGAUUGGCUCUUUAAGUCAAGAACAAAUCAAGAAAAUCUUGAAAAUAUGCAAAAUAAAGAGUAAACAAAAUCGAGAGAGACAGACGUUUAAGAAGAAAUUUCGAAGAGGGAAAGUGCCUGAAGACGUAGUUAAAGACGUUAUAGAAGGUGGUCGCAAUGAACCGUUAUCCGACGAAUUGGAACGCAAGUGCUCCGAUGAAGACUGUAGUUUAUGGUUCCAGAACGACCCUGACGAUUACGGUAGCCGGUAUUACGACACCGAUUUGGAGCCGUUGAGAAGCAGUGAACGUAGUGAGUGUCUCCAGAAAGACACAGAGUCGUCCACACGCUGCAAUGUCCGCAGUGAAGAUGUGGAUGCUAUCAUCAGAAGGUGCAGACUGGAGAGUGAUGAAGCUAUCCGGAAAUUGAAAGAAAAAUUGGAUAAAUUUAAUCUUCAAGACGCAAUCAAGAAUAACACACCAUGGCUGGAGAUCAUAGUUGGAGCUGGUCGUCACAGUAGAAAGAAUGAACAAAAUAUCCGACCAAAAGUUGAGAAACUUCUCAAAGAAAGAAAUCUUCAAUGUACUGCUGUGAACAAAGGAUCACUUGUAGUCACAUUUCAAACCUACAGUGGUCCUGAGCCUUGUUUUGGAGAAUAUUAUUGUGAGAAAUGCGACCGAUGUUGGAAAAGCAGUAAAAGUUAUGUCGGAAAGUAUCAGAAAUGUGCUCGCUGCAAAGUCAAUUGUUGGCCAGUCAAACAACGGGAAAAAGAGAAAGUCGUAAAUUACCAUCGUGAUAGUGCUGGGCCUGUGAAACGUCAAUCUAAACCUCAUCAAUCAAGUCUUUGUCAGAAAUGUCAGGAAUUAAGACGUCCUUGCAACGAUUCUUAUUAA